AUCGCGCCUGGGCCGUGUCGUCAUCAAGAAUUUAGGCCGUCCUUUCCUGUCAGGGAGGGAGAAAAACGAGACCGCCGGAACACCAGUGAUUUUUCGGCGAUUCCACCAUCAAAAAUGGCGUUUAGAGCAAGUUUAUGGAGCCUGCUAUUUGUGGGAAUUCUGUCUGUGGCCUGUGGGACGUAUAUCGAGGCCCUGGCAGCCACAUAUGAUUCUGCUAAGCCUGAUCCCAUCCCCAUGGUCGCCAUGGUCAAGGACAAGAUGAACCAGCACAUCAACUUGGACUCUGGAAAGUGGGAGACGGACCCAACUGGCAAGCAUGGUUUCAAGGAUAAGCCACAGGACAUCCUGGACUAUUGCAAGAUGAUGUACCCUAACUUGGAAAUCACCAACAUCGAAGAGCACACCAAAGAGAUCAAGAUUGAGAACUGGUGCAAGCCUGGUUCCACUGCCCCAUGUGGAGGACAUCCCCACAAAGUCAGGCCCUUCAGAUGCCUGGUUGGCAGAUUCGAGAGUGAUGCUUUGAUGGUCCCCACCAAGUGCAAGUUCUCCCAUAUUCACAACAGCUCAGUCUGUACGACCUUCUUCAAGUGGCGUGAUGCGGCCAAGGAGGCAUGUGACAAGUCAGGUUUUGACCUGCACAACUUUGCCAUGCUGAAGCCUUGUGGAGUGGACCUGUUCACUGGUGUGGAGUUUGUCUGCUGUCCUACCAAACCUGUGCAGCAGCAGGUGUCCCUCCAGGAUGUGGAGCCUGUCAAAGAAGUUGUGUCCAACCCUUGUGAGGAUGGCAGCCACGAGUGCUCUGAUUUUGCUGACUGCAUCCCACAGAGCGGUGCUGCCUACACCUGUGAGUGCAGGCCUGGAUACAUUGGCAAUGGCCGCCUUUGUGAAGAGGAGGUUUUCCAAGAGGAGGUUGCCCCCAGCCCCACACCCAAGAGCUGUAGAUCCGAUACUUCCUUGAGGAAGAUUCAGGCAAUGAACACAAGAUGUUUCUGGAGACCAGGUAAGGUGAUGAAGCAGUGGGAGGAGGCAGAGGAGCGCUACCAGGAACUGAAGAGCAAGGACCCUAACGGGGCUGAGCUCAUGAAGAAGGAGAUGAUGGAGCGCUUCCAGGUGACCGUGAAUGCCCUUGAGCAGGAGGGUCAGAGUGAGCGGGAGCAGCUGCUGCAGACCCAUCAGCAGCGUGUGGAGACCAUGCUCAACAACAAGAAACGUGUAGCCAUGGAAGAUUACAUGGAUGCCCUGGGAGAGAACCCACCUCAUGCCCAUAAGAUCCUCCGUGCUCUGAAGGCCUACAUCCAUGCUGAGCAGAAGGACCGCCUGCACAGCAUGCGCCACUUUGAACAUGUGCGGGAGACCAUGCCUGAGAAGACUGCUGACAUGAAGCCGUCACUUAUCCAGCACCUCAGAGUGAUUGAUGAGCGAAUCAACCAGAGUAUCCAGCUGCUGUGGAGGCUGCCCAGCAUCGCCAAGAAGAUCAUGCCAGAGCUGGAAGUGUAUGUUCAAGAGAAGUUUCAGAAGACGGACUUUGUGCAGGCCUUCAUGCAGCCUUCUACAAAGGACAAAAUCUCAUCCAAGGAUGAUGAGGAGUAUGACUAUGAGUAUGACUCAUCAUAUUACCCCGAUGGCAAUACUCCAGGCCCUGGAACCCCUGAUGGACAGACCUCGUCUGACCUUGAUGCAUCCCGCAUUCAGGAGAUAGAUGACAAAAUCAGUGAAAUACUGGACAGCACCGCUCAACCAUCGGACAAAAGUCAGGCUGUGAUAGAUGAGAAAAUCAUGGCAAUCUUAGGUUCACAGCUACCUGAGGAGGAUGACUCCACAAGUCUUAGUGAUCUCACCAUGCCAGACAAGCCACAGAAGGAGGCCCCCAAGAAAACCUCUGGGAAGGAGGCAGACAUGGAGAGCACUAAAGACAAUAAAACACCAAAGAGCGACCCGCUGCUGAAUGGAGCCAAGCAGGACCUGGAGGCUGACCAGCAGAUCAUCAACCCCGAGGACCUGCCCGUGUACCAGAGGCCAGAGCCGCUGGUCCCCAUCGGCAUCCUGCCUGUGGAGGUGGAGCAGAACAUUCCUGAUGUGGAGGACCAGCGCAUCAACGAUAUCCUGAAGGAUGAUGAUGACAAGCCUGCCAAGAUGGAUUAUUUUGGAGAUGAUGAGGAUGAAGAUGCUGAGGGAGAGGGCCAGGCUGAAAAGAAGGUUCUUGUGACCCCACAGCACCUGCAGAAGUUUGCUGCAUCUAAGGCUGACAGACCACCUCAGGCAGCAUCUAUUGUGAAGAAGAACCAGUGGCACAAGCACAUGAGCCACAUCACCAACCUCACCACCCUGUCCCUCACUGUGGCUGCUGCCAUCAUUGCUGUCAUCAUCAUCGUGGCCCUCAUUGUCCUGCGCAAGAAGCAUGCCCCCAUGCGCCAACCAGGUGUGAACCAUGCGGUGGUGGAGGUUGACCCCAGCAUGACCCCGGAGGAGCGCCACGUCAGUAAGAUGCAGCAGAAUGGCUAUGAGAACCCCACGUACAAGUACUUCGAGCAGUCGCAGCAGUAGGCACCGUGUUAGCCUGCGGGAUGUACAUGUAAUUGAUCAAACAUAGCAGCUCCCAAUUUUAUCAGCAGAAUUCCAGUUUGUUGUGGUACUGUAUCACAGACACUAACUUACCUGUAUCCAAGCAGUUUCCAACUCAUUGAAGCACAGGAUGUUGAAGUUUGGCUGAGAAUCAUGACUGUCAGACAUUUUGUAAUGUAACUGAUAAAUCGGCAAAAAAAGAAAGACACACUACCCAGCUUCCAUCAAGUGUAAAUGUAUCAAAUUCACAAUAGUAGGAAAUGAAUAGCAAUUGCUUCCAGAAGUGCUUCAGUGAUAAUUUGUCAAGACAGCUUUAGUCUUGUGUACAAAGGAGUGUUGAUGAGAAAAGUCAGUCCCAGAGUUUGUUCUUGAAGUCCCCUCAAUCAAUUUUGUCUUGGAAAGAAUUGAUUUGAAAAAUGCAAUAAUGAUGCUGUUUGAACUGCCUUUGUGUGGUAACUUGUUGACGGUCAAAGCAGAAGACUAAUUUUCAAGUGUAUUGAAGAAACUAACCCUGGGACUGGUGCAGUUUUAGCACAGUUAGUAGAUAAAUGCAUGCUCAAGAUCCGUUUGUAGUAACACAUAACCCACCUCUGGAUUGUAUACUGGUGUAGUUAGUAAUACUAUUGUUUUGGGAAAGACAUUCAGUGAUGUAUGGAGUUCUUCAUAUCACAAAGUAUAUCAGGUGUAGUGUAGCUAUUGUCCACGACUAAUAGACUGUAAGAGUUUUAAUUUUUGCUGAUUUUUUUUUUUUACUUUUUGAUUUUAGUAAAACCUUAGAAGUAGCCACAGGCUGUAUACAGGGGACUCCUCCUGUGGUUGCUUGUAGGGAGAUUUUUUCAGAUUUGUAUGUAAUAUGUGGUGUUGUGGUGGUGCGCCUAGAUAGCAUAUUUGUAUUUAAGCAAGGUCAUAGGUCACUCUGUGGGUCUCAAGAGCAUUCCACGUAGAUGAGGAAGAGAGAAGUAGGCAGGUAGCUUCUUAUAAAAAAAAUUGUGUCUUGUGCCGUACGAAUGCAUGUGUACAGUCCUCAGUGCUUUGUACUUAUGUGACUACUUAAAGAAAACAGGUCUAACCAAUUACCCUGGCUAUGAAAAAGUGUUAUUCAAUGGUCAUGUGAACUGUUAUCAAGUUCUGUACACGUGUAUGUCAGGUUGAAAUACAGGAGUGGUCAUGGUCUUGUUGUGCUUUACCACAGAGUUUGUUCUUUUAUUCCGUUCAAAGAUUUUAGUUUUACAAAGUGCUGGACCACUGAGUUCCUUUGCUAUGAAUGCAAAUACACAAACCCACAGCUAACAUUUCAAAGUAUGCACCAAAUAGAUUUCUGACCUUUCUUUGAGGCCAACAGUAUGUUCAUUUAAGUAGGUUGCAAGGAAUAGCCACUUCUCAAAGAAACACUAGCUAACACAUGUGACCUUAUGUUUUAAUGUCAGUAGUUAACAUUUAUUUGCUGCUAUGUACAACUUGUUAAGUUUUUGUUGCCUUUGUUUCGAAGCCCCUCUUGACUUGCCUGGAUAUUUUCACUGUGAGAAUUGGUUCCUCUGUACAGGAUUCUGUACUAACUUCUACCUCACACUGACUGAAAACUUAUAUCCAGUUGGCCUUGGGGACCUGUAUAUCUUGGCAUCAAUGAAGAUGAGUCUGGAGACUGUUAGCCCUUGAAUUGAAGAGUAACAUACAACAGUGGAAAGGCACCUCCACUAUCUCUAUUUCAUUGUCACUUCUACCAAAAGACAAAGAUACAAAUUGGACCAUCAGUAACAGGGCUGUACUUAUUGCCUAGCAUUCUGCUCAACAAUUUGCUGUGAAAGAGAUGCUAAGUAUACAUCCCCUCAAUGGCCUACAUAGCUCUAUACAACACCAUCCACCCUGCACUGCCAUGUUCAGGUGGGUAUGCCAUUGCUCUAUUUCUGUUGCAAGUCAUACGCCACCUUAAGGAACAUGGUAAGUGUAUCUGCCAUACUGGAAUGACGACUAGUCUUUGUACUUAUAUCUUGUCGGCAAGCUUGCUUGUCGGCCCUCUCCUAGGGAACCAUUUUCCACUGUUGAAAGCACAUCCAAGCAAGUGCUUCCUUUCCAUCACUACAUUAUUAUCAUUUUCAAAGUUUCUGUCAUUCCCAUUACCUUUGCUGUAACUAUUUAUUGUGGUGGGCUGUAUUAUAGUACUUACAAAAAAGGCUUUGACACUUGGGUUUUUGUAAAAUGAGCAUACAAUCAUGCAUGUGGUUACACCUGGAUUCCAUUAAACAGGCCCAUUGUGUUGUUCUGCCAA